GACGAAGAUCCGGUCGACAUCAGGCCCGAGCUCGAGGAAGCGUGCAAGCCGAAGUGCGCCAAGUUCGUCGCCGCGUACGACGCGUGCGUCGAGCGCGUCGCGAAGGACACGACCGGAGAGGCGCACUGCACCGGGCAGUACUUCGACCUGUGGGGAUGCGUCGACAAGUGCGUCGCGCCGACGCUGUUUAAGCACACGAAGUGA